UCAGUUACGUUUCGACGGCCAACGCGUCGAGUGCUCCGCUCCGAAUUCCAAAAUCCAGCCACAAUUCCCACAGAACGCUCUCUCGCGCUCUCUUCACUGUCUGUGUUAACGGUCGUGGCGCGUCGUGUGCGUGUGUGUUAGUGUGCCAGUUAAACAAUGGGAAAUUGAUAGUUCACACACCCAAACAGCUACAAAAAAAAAAAAAAAAAACACCUGAAGACUCAAAGUGUUAACCAAAAAUUUAAUAAAUUGUGCAAUCACUGGCGUCGAAACAAUCUACAAUUUUUUAAUAAUUUUUUUUUGUGUGCAACCGUAAACAAACCAAAGAAGUUAGAGACGAGAGCAAUCAAUUUGCGAGCGGGGAAAACUACUACUGCUACAAAAAAAAGACAAAAAAAAAGCGAUAAAAUGGGUGAACUGCGAAAAUCGCUGCCGCUGCCUUCAUUCGGCGUCUUUAUAGCCCUGCUCCUCUGCUGCUGCUCUUUAAUAGAACUGAGCCAAGCGCAGCAGCCACCCAUCCUGGAGAUUUUUCCAAAACAGGAGGUCCAGCGCAAACCAGUUGGCAAGUCAUUGAUCCUCACCUGCCGUCCCACAGUUCCCGAACCGGCCCUGGUCGCCGAUCUGCAAUGGAAGGAUAAUUUCAACAACACCAUCCUGCCCAAGCUGAAUUACAAUCCACUGUAUGAUUCCAAGGGCAAUAGAAAGAAACUGAUUGGACGCAACAUACCGCCGAUGUACACGGAAACGCUGCCCGGCGAAAGUUUGGCCCUGAUGAUUACCUCGCUGUCGGUGGAAAUGGGCGGCAGAUACUACUGCACCGCCUCCUAUGCAAAUACCGAGAUCCUCGAGAAGGGCGUCACAAUUAAAACUUACGUGGCCAUUACCUGGACAAAUGCCCCCGAGAAUCAGUAUCCCACUUUGGGCCAGGACUAUGUGGUGAUGUGUGAAGUGAAGGCCGAUCCCAAUCCGACCAUCGACUGGCUGCGCAACGGCGACCCGAUUCGCACCACCAACGAGAAGUAUGUGGUGCAAACGAACGGCCUGCUCAUUCGCAAUGUACAGGAGAGUGACGAGGGCAUCUACACCUGCCGUGCGGCCGUAAUCGAGACCGGAGAACUGCUGGAGCGCAACAUUCGCGUGGAGGUCUUCAUUCAGCCGGUGAUCGUGUCGCUGCCCGCCAGUCUGGAGGCCAUCGAGGGCAAACCCUUUGCCGCCAACUGCACGGCGACGGGCAAACCAGUGCCGGAGAUCAGUUGGAUUCGCGAUGCCACCCAAUUGAAUGUGGCCACCGCUGAUCGCUUCCAGGUGAAUCCCCAAACGGGCCUCGUCACCAUUAGCUCUGUCAGCCAGGACGACUACGGCACCUACACUUGUCUGGCCAAAAACAAGGCGGGUGUUGUCGAUCAGAAGACCAAGCUGAAUGUCCUGGUGCGUCCGCAGAUCUAUGAGCUGUACAAUGUGACUGGCUCGAGGACAAAAGAGAUUGCCAUCACGUGCCGCGCCAGGGGACGUCCUGCACCCGAGAUCACCUUCCGUCGCUGGGGAACCGAUGUGGAUUUCACGAAUGGCCGCCAGGAGGACGAUCCUCGCAUCACCUUGGAGCGCAAUUUCGACGAGGAGCAUGGCGAGAGUGCCGGCACCCUGCGCAUCGCCAAUGCCGAGCGAUCCGACGAUGGCCUAUACCAGUGCAUUGCAAGGAAUACGGGUGACAAUGCCUUCAAGACCGGACACAUCACGGUGGAGUUUGCCCCCGACUUUAGCCACAUGAAGGAUCUGCCGCCAGUUUUCUCGUGGGAACAGCGCAAGGCGAAUCUCAGCUGCCUGGCCAUGGGCAUACCGAAUGCCACCAUCGAAUGGCACUGGAAUGGUCGCAAGAUCAAGGAUCUGUACGACACCAAUCUGAAGAUUGUGGGCACUGGACCGCGUAGCGAUUUGAUUGUACAUCCGGUCACCAGGCAGUACUACUCCGGUUACAAGUGCAUUGCCACCAAUAUCCAUGGAUCCGCCGAGCAUGAUAUGCAGCUAAAGGAGGCCCGAGUGCCCGAUUUUGUAUCGGAAGCGAAGCCCAGUCAGUUGACUGCCACCACAAUGACCUUCGACAUUCGCGGACCGCCAACCGAAUUGGGCCUGCCCAUUCUGGCCUUCAGUGUGCAAUACAAGGAGGCCUUGAAUCCGGACUGGUCGUCGGCCUACAAUCGCAGUUGGUCACCGGACUCGCCCUACAUCGUCGAGGGAUUGCGACCACAGACGGAGUACAGUUUCCGCUUUGCCGCCCGCAAUCAGGUGGGCUUGGGCAAUUGGGGCGUCAAUCAGCAGCAGUCCACGCCGCGUCGAUCGGCUCCCGAGGAACCGAAGCCACUGCACAAUCCCGUCCAGCACGACAAGGAGGAGCCGGUGGUGGUCUCACCCUACUCCGAUCACUUCGAGCUACGCUGGGGCGUGCCCGCCGACAAUGGAGAGCCCAUCGACAAGUACCAGAUCAAAUACUGCCCGGGCGUCAAGAUCAGCGGCACAUGGACGGAAUUGGAGAAUUCUUGCAACAGUGUUGAGGUGGUCGAGACCACUUCCUUCGAGAUGACCCAACUGAUGGGCAACACCUAUUAUCGCAUCGAGCUGAAGGCGCACAAUGCCAUCGGCUACUCAUCGCCUGCAUCCAUUAUCAUGAAGACGACACGAGAUAAUCCCCAUCCCUCGCGGAGUGGCGCUGUAUCCCUGGUUCAACUGCUUGCCCUAAGCACUGCCCUGCCGACAAUGCUGCUGAUAUUGCUGCCGACGACGCGCACUGCUUAAACGACCACAGCUGCUGAUACGCUUCUCCUGCUUCCACCCAUCAACAAGCAGUGCUUGGAGGAUCCUUCCGCUGGCCGUUAUAAUGGGUUUUCCUUUCUCUAGUUUCUGUUUGGUGUGUCAAUGUGUAAAUAAUAAGAAAAACUAAAUGAAAGAAAACAAAAAAAGAGUAAUACAAUAAAGCAUACACUAACUAGCAUGAAGAAGCGGACGUUAUUACGUUAUAUGUGCUCAAGUAGAGAAUAUGAUUAAUAAACUUACCACUUAGGGCGGGUCACGAUUCCAUUAACUGUACAAAAAGAAAAAAAAUCUUUAAUACAUAGCUAAAAAAAAAAGACGAAAACGGAAUGCCAAAACCGAAACAAUUGCUUACACAACUGAUAAAUUGUACUUACAUGUAACCUGUAUCCUAUGUCUAACCGCUAGAUACCUUGUUUAAACACUAAGCCAAUGUUAAGUUGUUAUUUAGUUGUAUGUGUAUAGCGAGAGCAUUUAUAUAACACAUUUCGAUUCCGUACACCCGUUCCGCUUAGUUCAAUGUGACUUUUACAACACUGCCAAGCGACACAAAAAAAAUAAAUAAAAUCACUAAGUAAACAAAA